AUGGCCGAUUGGAAUAAGUCCAAGGUCGUUGACCUCCGAAAUGAGCUCAAGCGCCGUGGCCUUCCGCACGCAGGCUUGAAGCAAGAGCUUGUGCAGCGUCUCGAUGAAGACGAUGAACAGUCCGCCACAUCCGGGGAUGCGAAGCGAGACGAACCCUCUGAGACGGGUGCUGUUCUGGUCGCGGAUGAUCGAGAACCAGCUGCGGCAGACGAAGAUUCUACCAGUGCACCUGCCCUAGCAAUCGACGCACUCGAAACUACUGCUAUUGCUGCUACCCAAGAUGGAGCGCUCGCAAACUCCGAACCUGCAGAGCCCAAAAACAUCCCAACCGAACCUAUUGCUGCCGAUGACAAUGGCCCGGAUGACAUUGCUACGCCUGCCGCAGCUCCCCAAGAGUCGGAGGUAGUGCAAGACGCGCAAAAGCGCAAACGCCGUUCCACAAGCCCACCUCCCGAGCCCAAGCGUAUAAAGGCUACUGCUGCCGAGAUUCAUGAAGAGAAAGUGAUUCUCGCCGUGUCACCAGAAGAUACCGAACAAAAAAAUAGCCUAACCAGCGGCGUCGAGGAGAAUACUUUACCGGACUCGAGGCAGGUGGCGGAGAGGCUAGACGACCACGAGAUGCAUGACAUCCCAACGAACGAACAGCCUGCAAACAGUCCUGGAACCAUCGAUGUCGAGAACGAGCAGCAACCUGUUCGACAACCCUCAUCAACACCAGAAGCACGAGGUCGACUGGCCAUUCCAGAACAGCAAGCCGACUUCCAGCCCAGCCACAACGCACCAAACGACACAAUGGACUAUGAACGUAACGUCGAGCCCGCCGCGCACCCUGCGACCCGAGCCCUGUACAUUAAGAAUUUCAUGAGGCCUCUCCGGGCGCCAGAUGUCAAGCAGCACCUCCUUGAUUUGGCUUCCUCUCGAGGCAACUCCACAGAGGAGAGUGCUAUCGAAAUAUUCUAUCUCGAUCAGAUCAGGACUCAUGCCUUUGCUGUAUUUAGCGACACGUCAAAAGCUAUGCGUGUGCGUUCCGAGCUUCACAACGUGAUCUGGCCAGAUGAGAGCAAUCGCAAACCCCUCUGGGUGGACUUUGUGCCGCCCGAGAAGGUGCAGGACUGGAUCUUGGAAGAAGAACCGGAGACUGGUCGACGCGCUUCUGCGAGCUCAAGGUGGGAGAUACGAUACGAAAGAGACCAUGACGGGAACGUGGUCGCGGUGCUCGACUCCGGCACUGCGCCAACUCCCGCCCUGGCCAACAGCGCACCACCAAACAAACUCUCGCGGCCCAUGCCACCUCUCGGCCCCUCUGGGAUCUCAUUCCCCCUCUCUGGUCCCGGCGGCGGCAACAGCGUCAACGCCAUACCAAUUGGUCCUCGUGCUGGUCGCGGCGGGCGUGAACCUCCUCUCGGCCCCCGAGGCCCCUCAGACACGCGUGGCCUUGGCGGCCGAACGGCCGGCUUCGCCAGCGGUCCCCUGCGUACAACGUCCACAAAUCCUCCGCUCACGUUCCAGACCGUCUCCGAGGACCUCGCACGCCAGCGCGUUGACUCGAUGCGUUCCCACUACACCCGCGACAUCCAUCGCGAUAUGGGUGCUGAGGACGAAAUCAACCGCUACACAUUCGAAUCUGGCGAUGUCUUUGUAGACCGCGGUAAAGAGGUCUUCAUUGGUAUCCGCCCCCCGCACAGAGAAGCCGAGCGGCAACGACAGCUUACCGAAGGCGGAUCGUACCGCCGCCCUGGACCGGGCCCGCGUGGCCACCCGCGCCGUGGGCCUCGCGGGCCUGGUGGUCCUGGAGGCAGGCCUCUCAGCGAUCGUUAUCUUCCUGGCAUCAACGAGAGCGGCCCGUUCAGACAAGGUGACCGCGGGAACUUUUCGCGCCGAGAGGACGAUCGUUUCGGGGACUCCAGAAGGCCGGGCGGCCGAAGGGAUGAGCGCUGGGGCGGCGGCGGCGGUGGCGGCUACAGGGGAAGACCUCGCUACUAG